AUGACGGGAUUCCACAGCAUCGUUGAGAACUGCAUUAUACCUGCCGAGAAGGCAGCACCCGAUCACACCGUCGACUACUUUGCUAGGUCACGACAGCUCACUUUGGUGUCCGAGGAGGACUUCGAGAGUCUGGCUCCCCAGACGCCUGUGGGCAAUCAUCGUGGGCCGUUUGGGAUCUGCACGCCUUCUCCGAGCGACGGGGGCGAUAGUUCGCCAGAGCUGUCUGUGCUCGAUGGGCAGGACGCAGAAGAUCUCGAUUGGAGCUCCUUCCGAGUGGCUGUUGUUGAUGACAAUUUCAUCAACUCCAAGAUAAUAUGCAAGCACCUAAAACGAUUGUUGGGGAUCGUAGUCCAAGAAGAAGAUAUAUUCGAGAAUGGUAAAACGCUCAUCGAUGCCUUGGCACACACUCAAUAUGACACAAUCCUUCUCGACAUUGAGAUGCCCAUUAUGGACGGCAUGGAGGCAACGGUCCGGAUACGGAAAGGCCUACCAUCACCCGUAACACCUCCAUCCACCGAACCACAACGCGUCGAAUACCCAAUCUACCACUGCGACGACAGCGAAACCGAGCCCGAUCUCGUACGGGAGUCCUCAGCCGUCACCCUCCACCACAUCCCAUCCAAUGCCGACCUCACCCACGAAGCCGUCCUGCCUUCAAACGUGGGUAUACCCAUCAUCGCAUGCACAACCAACGCGCAGGCGCAUCACCGCAAACACUACCUCUCGAUAGGCAUGGACUCGGUGGUCGGGAAACCGCUCAACCCAGACCUGCUGAUACGAGUCGUCAAGUACCACCUACGACGGGUGUACUUCGCACAGCAGCAUAAGGCACCACUGUUCAGACCAUCUUCCCCACCUCUUCACCCACCAUCACCGCGCUCGCUGACAUCCUCGUCGUCGAGCGGUACUGGGACGUUUUUGACAGCAGGACCAUCGCCCGUUAGUCGGUCUCCAUCGCAAACCCGCCUGUCGCGGAUAUUAGACUCCGUCUUGGAAGCGGAAGGGAUAAGCGAAAUCAAAAUAUGAGUGUACCGCGCGUUGUUUGCGGCCUUUUCAGCCGCUUUGACGGGCGUUCAAGCUCAUUACCAAAAGCGAUCUUCGCUUAUAUACCUGGUUCGUAGAAGUGUGGAUGUAUGUACAUAGUGGCUGGCCCGCUGUCUGUGCUUUCGAGAAUUGCCCAAAUAGAUGGGGUGAUAGGUCGCAUUUUCUUUCUGGCAACUGUGUUGGAUGUCCUGGACUGGUCGGGGCAUUGCUCGCUUGACUCAGGAUGGG